GUAGUGUUUAACCUGAUUAGAAGUCAUGUGACAGUUUAUUGAGACAAAAUGGCGGACGAACCACCACCGCCUCCUCCAGAGGUAACCGAAACUGGCUCGUCUUCUCAGACGCAGUCUGACAGAUCAUGGGAGAGAGCAUGGAGUCUUGAUGAAAUGAGAAAAGGGGCCAGUAAUUGGUCCCUGGCUGGUGAUUCAGGGUUGCUGCUAUACCUGCAAGAGUUUUCACAGAAGUUGAUCUCGAGAACUCAUGAAAUUGAGAAAGAAGUUGAAAAUCUAGUACAUGAUUCCAAGAUGGCUGGGGUCCGUGUGAAUAAUGUUUUCAACGACUUCAUGAUGUUAGCAAACACACAAUUUGUAGAAAAUCGUGUCUAUGAUGAAGAUGUGAGCCAGGAAGAGACCCCCCAGGAGGAAAAGAAACAAGAAAACCAGGAAAAGACUCGAGAACAAAGAGAAGCUGAGUUGAUACCAAAAGUCAGUGAGGCAAUAAGACUAGGUGUUGAGGUUAUUGAAAAAGCUUUUGAAAAGCUGGAUACUAACAUUGACAACUCGGAUUCUGAAGAAGAUGAGUCCUAUCAUGUUGAUCCAAUACUUGAAGCCAAGGAUCCGUAUUUUGAUAGAACAUUACCAUAUCUGAUAGGAACACCAAACUUUAUGCAAGAUGACAAUGUUGGACUGAAGGAAGACACCGAUGAGGAAUCUGAUGCUGGAAGUAUUUCUGAAAGUGAGUCUGAGGAUGAAAGUGUGAAAGGUGACAAGAACAGGAAUGAGGUAAGUUUUUUAUUAGCUUCGACUUCAUACAGUGAUUCCGAGUCUGAUUCGGACGGUGAGAAACCUGUGAAGAGAGAAAAGAAAGACCUAUUUCCACAGGACUCAGAGGAGUCAGACAGUGACGGUGACUUAUUUGGUACAAGUGAGAAAAAGAAGGCCAAAGAUAGAAGUGAAUCAGAAGAUUCUGACGAGAGUGACGAGGAGGAAGAUGAAGAAGAGAAGCCAAAGCCUACAGCUGCCCCUCUAGACUUUGCCUCAGAGCUUGCCAGGAAAUUGGGAGGUCCUGCACCAAAAGCCCCAUCACCUGAACCAGCUGGUUCUGGGGAUGACUCAGAAGAGGAAAAACCCAAGAAAAAAGAGAAGAAAAAAGGAAAGAAAGAAAAGAAAGGAAAGAAGAAAGAAAAGCCAAAGGAAGAUGAUGAUCUAUUUACUGCUCAAGACAAUGAUGAGGAUGAUGACUUGUUUGGUGGCGGGACUUUUGCGGGAAAAAAGUCAGUAGACUUUAGAAUAUAUAUUAAAUCCUGCUAUAUAGUUUAUUGUUUACAAGUGAAGAUGCUUGACUUUUGUAUGUUACAGGGUGACCUGUUUGGUGAGGGUACAAAACAAGCUAAAAAAGUGAAAGAUGAAUCAGAAGAAGAAGAAUCUGAAGAUGAGAAACCAGUUGAGCAGAAAUCUCGAACAAGAACGUUAAGUGGAAAGAAAAAACCAGUUGGCGGUAUAUCAGUGUUUGGUGCUCCAGAUUCAACUAAAAGUAUUGGUGGAGGAAGUGGAGGAUUGUUUGAUGAUGAAGAAGAAGAUGAUGACAUAUUUGGUGGUGGUCAACCUAAACAUAAAGAAACAAAAGAAAAGAAAUCUGAUAAGAAAGCAACAGAGAAAUCUGGAGGUGGUUUAUUUGAGGAUGAUGAUGACUUGUUUAAUGAACCUACAGAAAAACCAAAGAAGCAGGAGCCAUCUGCGAAGAAACUUCCACCUGGAGGAGUGCCAAUGUUUGGACCACCAGGGGCAGGUAAUCCAUUGGCAAAAGCAUUGAAGAGUAAAGCACAGAGGCAAGACUCAGAUGAGGAUGAAGAUGAUUGGUCUGAUGGAAACAAGUCUCGCAGUGAAAGUAUAAAAUCAAACCAAUCAGGUGCAUCAAAACAAUCAGCUAAGAUAGGAUCUGCCCAAUCAAAAGACAGCUUAUUUGCAGGAGAUGGGGAUGAUUCAAAACCAAAAUCAAACAGUUUUUCACGGAAGGCGAAGACAACAACCAGUCUGUUUGAUGAAGAUGAUGAUGAUGACUUAUUUGGCUCAAGUUCUAAACCAUCCCAAGUCAAAGAAGCGACAAAGCCAAAAUCCUCAGCUUUGUUCAUGGAUGAUGAUGAAGAUGAUCUAUUUGGUGAUGCUCCUCCUCCAAAACCCAAGGACCAAGGACCAAAGAAACCUCCCGGUGCAGUAUCCAUAUUUCCCUCUGGUGUUGACCCGUUUAGUAAGAAAAAGGAAUCAGAGGUGAAGAAAGAUGACACACCCAAGAAAGUAGAGCCAGUAGGUCGACCACCAGCCAAGUCUAUAUCAAUGUUUGAUGAUGAAGAAGAAGAAAAUGAUCUGUUUGGGGGUGGGUCUAAUAAUAAAGCUCCGCCUACAAAACAGACCUCGGCACCCAGUAAGACAAGUAUAUUUGAUGAUGAUGGUGAUAUGUUUGGUGGCGAAGAGUCAGCAGAUAUUUUCACUAAACCACCACAGAAAACAACUCCUCAGCAGCAGGUAACUAAAGCUGCUCCAGCAAAAGUCAACAAAGGACCUUCAUUGUUUGGUGGUGAUGAUGCCAGUGAUGAUGAUGAUGACCUGUUUGGUACAGGGACACCUAAGAUGUCUAAACCAUCAGGAAGUGUUGGUAUAUCAGGGGCAACCACAACAGAAUCCACAGAUACUCCAGAUAAAAAUGAGGAGAAAGUUUCUGAGCAGAAGACAAAGAAACCUCCAGUGGGUGGGGUAUCAAUGUUUGGACCAGCUUCAGGGAAUUUGUUAGCAGGAAAUAAGGCAGCUGUAUCAAAGACUGAGACCAUUGCUGAAGUGGUUGUUAAAAAACCUGAACCCAGAAAACCAGCAGCUGUUGAUCCGUUAUUUGGUGGUGGUGGUGGUGAUGAUGAUGGAGGUGAUUUAUUUAAUGGACCAGUCAAGAAACCAGAAGUGAAAAAAGCAGUACCAGUCAAACAGGAAGCGAAGAAAGAACCAGUCACUCAAUCUCCUGGCCCUCUAGUUGAUGAUGAUGAUGACUUAUUUGGUGGAUCAGUCAAGAAACCUGACGUGAAAACAGAACCAGUCUCCAAAAAAUCUGAAAAAUCAUCUGGUCCUCUUGAUUUAGAUGAGGAUGAAAAUGAUUUGUUUGGAAGUGGAAAUCCACCAGCUAGCAAACCACCGGAGUCACCCACUGAGGUGAAACCAAGGAAGCCUGUAGGAGGGGUGUCCAUGUUUGGUGGCAUGGACCCAUUUGGAGCUAUGAAGAAGCCUGCAAGUGCAGGAAUAAGGACACCAGACUUACCAAGCCCUGAUGAUGAUGAUUUAUUUUCCAGUGCUGAUCAGAAACCAAAAGUCUCUAAGUCAGUUCAGGAGCCGAUAUUACCAGCUGCCGGUUCUCCUACGAAGGGUAAAAUUGGAAAACUACAGGCUACGCUGAACUUUAAUCCAGCAGCCAUGUUGCCCGGGGCAGCACCACCAGUAAAAGAGCCUGAACCCCUCAACAUAGGCUUUGAUGCCCCUGCAGAAGUUAGGACUCUUCAGAGUGCAAAUAAAGACAGAGCCAAGAUUCAAAACAAGAGGCGUCCACCUUCAAGGCAAGCUAGAAAAUCUGCAGUAUUGUCCUCCCCUAGUUCUUCUGAUGAUUUAUUUAAUAUUCAGUCUAGUCCUAUCACCAGUCCAUCUUCUUCUGGAUCAGGCUCCAGUCCAGUGAAAACUCAAGCAGGAACCAGUCCAGUGAAAACUCAAGCAGGAACCAGUCCAGUGAAAACACAAGCAGGAACCAGUCCAGAACUUCCUGACCUAGAUUUUGACCCCUCAAGAAUUCCUCCUCCUAUAUCAGACUCUCCAGAGAGAAGUCCAUCUCCUGAUUUGAACAAUGGAACAGACCAAAAUUCAGAUAUAUUUGGAAAUGAUUUGUUUGGUAGUGAUUUACCUAAAUCUGGUGCUAAAUCCUUGAUUGGUGAGCGUAAGAAUACAAACCCUGAUAAAAGUAGUGCAGACGAUUUGUUUGCUGGUAAAAACUUAGAUUUUCCAAAGACUAAAACAGAGAAUUUAGAUGACUUAUUUACAAGUGCUAAUGAUAAUACUACUAAAAGUGUUCCCAAAUCAAACACUGCUGGUGAUGAUGAUGAUGAUUUGUUCUCUUCUGUACCAAAACCAUCUUCGACUAAAAAUAAACAGAAAAGCUCAAUAUUAGAAGAAGAAGACAUAUUUAAUGCAGUACCAAAGAAAACGGAAAAAGUAAAAGAAGAGAAAAAGCCUGUGAUAACAAUUGACGAAGAUGAUGAUGACAUUUUUGCCAUUAAAAAAACAAAAUCCAAACCAAAACCAUCGCCUAUACCAGAUGAUGAUGAUGAUGAUUUAUUUACAUCACCAUCUUUGACCAAACCAAAGGAUAAAAAGAAUGAGAAGUCAUCUGCUGAAAAGAAAGCAGAAGUUAGUCCAGAAAAUGAUGAUGAUAUAUUUGGUGCAGCGACUAAAAUCGACAAAAAGAAACCUAAGAAAGUAGUGACAAAAGACGAGGAUAUUUUUACGGACCAGACAGACAUAUUUAGUGACAUUCCACAAGCUAAACCAAAAGAAAAGAAGGUGAAAAAGAAAACAACAGCCACACCUAAGAAACAAAUAUUCAAAGAUGAUAUAGAUGAUAUAUUUGCUGAUACGAGUGCAUCAGGUUCAAGUAAAACAAAAGAAAAGAAGAAGAAAACUGGGACAAAGGAGAAAUCUGAGAAAACCAAAACUAGUGAAGCAAUAGAUGACCCCCUUUCAUAACGUUAAAGCA